UUAAAAGGGCGCAAAUAAGCAGGUAUAUGGUGAGCCUGAUGGGAGUGUUCGCGCGAGUCCAGACCAUCGCGCGCAGACAAUCGAUGAGCUCGCACUUACGUCGAUCCUAAACGCCGUGGGCACCGGGCCCCCUGUAGUCUUGUUGACUGUAAAAGGCUUUUAUCGUGUCGCGUGUUUACCUCGUAGGUGUGUUGUAAUGGUUCAGUCCAAGGUGCGCACACCUUUGGGACUGAGCAUCUUUUCUGUCAUAGGUAAGCGUGACUCGUUCUUUCCACACAGUCAGGGAUCCUCCCUGGUCAGAAUGCGGUCUAAACGGAGCGACAUGGUUAUUGCGAUGCCCAUCGUUUGUGAAACACAAAGCGACUGAGUAAGUAGACGUCGUGAUCAACAAGCGUAUUCGCGCAGUAAUGUAAAGAUGGCGAGACUGCUUCACAACUUGCUGUUGUUGACAGUCGGACUUACGAUGAAAAUCAGACUUGUGGGCUACUGGUCUCUCGUAUACGGUUACUGCGCGCUAUGCACGGGCGUAGCGCUGCUCAAACUUGGAUGGAAUAUCAUACUACGACCCUCGACAACCUUUCAGUGGACGAUUCGCGAGACACCCCCAGCGUGCCUGAAUGACACGUCCUUGGGAACCCACUGUUAUGUUAGGAUCAAGGAGUCUGGACUAAGAUUCCACUAUGUUGCUGCUGGGGAACGAGGAAAACCACUUAUGCUGUUUCUGCAUGGAUUUCCUGAAUUUUGGUUUUCUUGGCGUCACCAGCUGAGGGAAUUUAAGAGUGAAUUUCGUGUUGUUGCCGUGGAUAUGCGAGGCUACGGGGAGUCUGACCUGCCCUCCUCCACUGAGAGCUACCGACCGGACUACCUUGUGACUGACAUCAAGGACAUUGUGGAGUAUCUGGGAUACAACAGAUGUUUUCUUGUGGGGCAUGACUGGGGUGGCAUCAUCGCCUGGCUCUGUGCGAUUCAUUAUCCUGAAAUGGUGACAAAACUCAUAGUGCUGAACAGCCCUCAUCCCUGUGUGUUUACUGAUUAUGCCCUUCGCCACCCUAGUCAGAUGCUCAAGUCAAGUUACUACUUUUUCUUCCAGUUGCCACAUUUUCCAGAGUUUAUGCUCUCCAUCAAUGAUUUUAAGGCACUGAAGAGUCUAUUCACCAGUCGCAGCACAGGUCUCAGUUGUAAGGGACGCUGGCUCACCACCGAAGACCUUGAAGCCUACCUGUAUGCCCUCUCUCAGCCGGGAGCCCUCACUGGGGCCCUCAACUACUUCAGAAAUGUCUUUAGUGUUCUUCCAUUGAGCUGGAGUGAAGUGAAAUCUCCUGUCUUGCUGUUAUGGGGAGAGAGAGAUGCCUUUCUGGAGCAAGACAUGGCUGAGGCCUGCCGUCUGUACAUCAGAAACCAUUUCCGCCUCAACAUCAUCUCUGGAGCCAGCCACUGGCUGCAGCAAGACCAGCCUGACAUUGUCAAUACACUCAUAUGGACUUUCAUUAAGGAGGGAGAGGGCCGGAAAAACUACAGGAACUUAUAACGGGAUUCUUUCCCCUCUGGCCUUGCCCCCUUGAAGGGGGGACGAGGGAUAUGCCUGUGAACAAACCAGUGUAAUGGUUAUUACAAUCAUCAUUUUAAAUUUAAUAUAUCUCAGAUAUAGAAACAAACCAGAUUUCAGUGAAGCAGAAAUAGAACAAAAGCACAUUUUAAUUGGCAGGGGUUACUUAGACAACAGUGUGUUUUUAAUCUAUUUUUCUCAAGUUUGCACAUAGCAUUCGCCUUAAAGAUGAUUGGUGACAGUAUGUAAAAGUGUGUUGCAAAAUCUCUGUAAGUUAUAUUGUGUGGUGCCUUUUGACAUACCAUUUUGCAAGGUAAAAAAUGUGCCAUGUCUUUUUGAAACUGAGCUAUGGGGUUGUCACUCAUUGGAUUUUCUCUUCUCUACUCUACACACACUGUUAUGGUCCUAAAAUCGCAUACAUCUUUAUCAGGUGGGUACGUGUAUCUUUUGGCCAUUUGUUUUUCAGUUUGAACUUGAACAAACGGGAGUGAGAAAACGGCGCCAUUUUCGUUUUUCGUUCAUCAAAAAAACGGAAAAACGAGAAUUCGGCUUUUUUUUCGUUUUCAAUGUAACGUUUAAAAAACGAAUAAACAACUUGAAAACUAGUUUCUCACAUGUGGGCGGUAUGAAACGCCCCCUUCCGCUGACUGGCAAAUCAAAGGUCAGUAAGCGACGUCUUCGGUUGUCCCUCGAUCGGUUCCGAAUAAAUAGUCCUCCGCUGCUGUACAGAAAGUAUGUUUCAUUUAUCACAUUAAACAACCGUCCACAAACCGUACAGGGCAGAUUAUAGACUGGACUUUCUUCUGUGUUACCUAGAGCAUUUCAUUUAAAUAUUUAUAUCACAAAUAUGAAUGUAGUUCGCAUCCGCAUCUUUCUAGCUCUCCAGGGUAAAAUCUGCGUGGCAAAGCUGCGCGAGACACUGGACCACACGAAGCGGAUUCAUAUACUUAUUUUAUUUCAUUUCAUUCAAAAUUCGCUGUUGUGGUUGUUGGGUUACCACAUUUUUUUCCACAAGUUUGCUUCUGUGUACAUUCCAUCAAGUGAACCAAGACGAAUUCAGAGUUUUGCUGCGUGACAAAGCUGCGCGAGACACUGGACAGUACGCAGCGGAUGCAUAUAGGCCUACAGUGCAGUGAUGUAGUCA